AAAUCACCGACAGUUAGGCCGUGAGGACAAUGUCUUCGGAGCCAGCCGCGGAUCCUGGUCGGGUCCGCUUCCUGCGGGCGUGUGACCGAUGCCGUCAUCCCCAACGGAAGCUGGACCCUCGGUGAACAAGCGUAGAUUGUCAUCCAGCUCGGGAGAUGAACCUUCGCGGAAGAAACGAGGUGUCCCUCGCGGCAACUCUACCCACUUCUUCCUCUCUUCUCACGGAAUUGCGCAUCACGCUGGAUCCUCAUCUGGUUUACCUCUCCUCGAAGCCACACGGCGCCUAGCUAGUGACACAGCUGGAGACCAAAAACAGGCGGGAAUGCCAGAUCUGGACUGGCAGUGGUUGCAGGACCUCCUGAGUGACGGUGAUACAGCAUCGGUUCGAAAUCCUGAUGGUGCCGGCCAGCCUGAAGCUGAGGAGUACUUUCCCGGGCGAGACAUCGCGCAUUCGACCGCAGGCGAUGAGUUGCUCUCAAGUGUUCAGGAUAUCAAUUUGAUGAACGACUUGCUUGGCAUCUUCUUCUCGACAAUCCACCCGGUAUGGCCCAUCAUGCACAUUCCAACGUUUUUCCAAGACCUAGGACAGCUUGAGGAGCACUCCUUCUCGGCCUUGGUAGUCUCGAUGUGUAUGCUGGCGUCCCGCUACAGCUCCGACCCUCGGGUGUUCACAGAUCCAGACAAUCCGGCCUCCGCUGGCGUCCGCUACUACGAAUUGUUCAACCGCCUCAUCGAACACGCUGUGAACAGCGAUCACGUUAUCUAUGCGAUCCAAGGCCGCUUCUUUGCGUCAAUGUUCCACUGCGUGGAUAAUGUCCCGCAUCCUGUCGCCCAGGGCUUGUUUGCCGACGCACUUUCAAGGACAUUGGAUGGUGGAAUCCACCGACACGUGUCUGCAGACAUCUGGGGCAACCCGGUGGUCAGAGAAGUGAGAUCACGCGUGGCGUGGGCCAUAUACACAUGGGACAAGCAGAUCGCCGCAUUCUGCGGGCGGCCAUUCUUGAACGCUCUCUGGGACAUGGACGUUCGGCUUCCCGAGCCGUUUCAUUAUGAACACUGGUCGAGCCCCGAAUGGCCUAUCGAGAAGGACAAGGAUUAUGUGGCAACUUUCCGCCAGUUGAUUCAACUAUCAGGCGUGCUUGAGUUUGCUCUCCGUGCGUCUGUCGAUCGCCCCAUCGUGGAAAACUCGAGCUUCCUGACAGACCUCGCUCGCCAAUCGAGACCUGCGUUGGACGACGCAUCGAGGCUCGACGUCACUAUGGCCGCCUUGCGGAAAUGGAGGACCUCUGCACCGCCUGCCAUCUCCUUGCCGUCAGCAAAGGAUCGUUCGCAUACAUCAGAGUACUCUGUGGCGUCUGAGCAGGUCGCCUCGAUUUACCAGAUGAUUCAACUGCUUGUCGCAGCUCGAGCUCUCCAAGUGGAAACAAGCCGCUCCAAGCCAGAUACCAAUAUACUGGAGAGUCACCGGGCGGCCGUUGUGGACGCUGCUCGCGAGAUGGUUGGCCUCGUUGUGCAGCUUGGCUUUACCCAUCAUUUGCGCUCUUGCGACAUCUUGGUGGCUUAUCGUUUGCUGUUCACCGGACGCCUCCUCUUGGCUUGUGUUUUAUCCGCUCGUGCCCAAAACCACCACACACAUGCUGAAGAAGCAACUCGCAUUCUCCACGCAACAUCUGUUGCCCUGCGCAACUUUGUGGCCCUCUUCCCAGUCGCUCUGGGUGCGGCCGAGGUGCUCGACGAGACAAUACGGGUGUGCCAAGUCUGCUAUCCUUUGUCUUCGACAAGGGAUUCGUCGUCUCACCUCGGAAAGCGAUAUGCGUGGUAUCGCCCAAUCGCCCAUCAGACCGGUAUCCACAUCCAGCACAGCUCCUCUGCUGCGCGGCACCACAACGAGAACGGCCGCGCAGCUGACUCGACUGUAGAUGGUCAAGUGGCUGAAGACGACGCAACCCGCAACGAUCUAUCUCCUCUCACAGCCGCGAUCAACUUGGGUAACGUACCCCUAUCCAUCUUCAACAGCGACCUUCCCCAAGGGAGUUUCGGCGACUUCUCGUGGCUGAUGCCUGGAGCUGAUAACCUCCCCUACUAUUUCCCAUCCUCUGGUCCUUGA